UGUUUGUUGUCCUUGACAGAAACUUCGUUCCAAACCUUACGAUCGGACCUGUUGUCAUAAAGUCGUUAAGGAAGCACACAAGUGCUUUCUUGGACUGCCAUUUGAUGGUUAGAAACCCCGAAGAUUAUGUUACUGUAAUGGCUGAAGCGGGUGCAUCGCAAUUUACGUUCCAUUUGGAGGUUGCCAGAGGUAAGUGGCAGCAGCUGGUCAAAAAGAUAAAGGAUGUGGGGAUGAGAGUUGGUGUAGCGAUCAAACCUCGAACACCUGUAGACGAGGUUUUCCCUCUGGUUGAAUCAGACAUUCAUGUGGACAUGGUUCUUGUAAUGACAGUGGAGCCCGGAUUUGGGGGCCAGAAGUUCAUGCCCGAGACGAUGAGUAAGGUUAAGGUGCUGCGGCAGAGAUACCCCUGGCUUGACAUUGAGAUAUUCUUGGAUCGUACAGACUGCCAUCAUAACACCUAAGGGAUGAAUGAUAUCUACGGCAGUGUGGAUCCGAGUCUGUGGCAUGCACUGGUGCAAUCAAGGGUCAAAGUUCAG